AUGCACGGGCAGCGUGCACAGGAGUCAGGGAGCGGCCUCAUGGGGAACUCGCCCGCCUCCUCCUUCAUGGGAAGCUUCCUCACGAGCAGCCUGGGCUCGGGGGCGCCCAGCCACCCGUCGGGCCCCGCCGCGUCCCCGCCGGAGCCGGCCUUCCGCGGGCCGCACUCGGGCACCUCGCAGCUCUGGUUCUCGCACUCCCACGAAGCUCCGGGCUACCCGCGCUUCUCCGGGAGCUUGGCCUCCACCUUCCUGCCCAUGAGCCACCUGGACCACCACGGGAACAGCAACGUCCUCUACAGCCAGCACCGCUUCUACGAGAGCCAGAAAGAUAACUUCUACCUGCGCAACCUGCCGGCGCAGCCCACGCUGCUCUCCGCCAACCACAACUUCCCCAGCAUCGCCCGCGCCGCCCCCGGCCACCCCAUCGGCUCGUGCAGCCGGGAGCGCGAGGCCGCCGCGCCGCUGCCCAAGCCGCCCAAGGACUACGAGCGCUUCCUGGCGGGCAAGGACAAGGCGGGCAAGGGGGAGCCCAAGGAGCGCGCGCCCGACGACGAGCCCAAGGAGCGGCACAAGGCGGUGCUGCCCGUGCCGCCCGAGGGCCACUGCAAGGAGAGCGCGGCGGCGCGCGGCGCCUGCGACGGCCGCCCCAAGCACCUGCCCUCGUGCGUGCUGGGCACCAAGGCGCUGGCCGGCGAGGCGGCCGACGUGCUCUGCCCGCUGGCCGACAAGGGCGCCCGCGAGCUCAAGCUCAGCGGGGCCACCCUGGUGCCCUCCGUGGGCCACCUGGCCGACAAGAGCCGGCCUUUCCAGGUGGCCGCUGAGAGCUGCGCGCUGGAGCGCGCCGAGGGCGCCGAGCGGCACGGCGAGGCGGGCGCCGAGCCCCCCGCCUACUUCCAGCACCCGCUCAAGGCCGAGGGCAAGGCCGAGCGGCGCCUCGAGUGGGGCCCCCCCGGCCCCGCCGCCCGCAUCAAGGGCCUCGAGUACCUGGGCAGCGGGGGCGGCGCCGAGACCCCCUUCGCCGGGCUGGGCCAUGCGCCCAAGGGCGCCUUGGAGAAGGGUGGCUACUUCGAGCCGCCACCGGCGCCCGACUGUUCGCGGGCCGCCCCGCCGGACCCGCUGGGCGCCAAGCUGGGCCCCUCCUGCUGCACCCUGGAGAAGGGCCCCAAGGAGGCGCCGGCGCAGAAGGUGGCGCGGAUCCGGCACCAGCAGCACGACGCGGAGCCCGGCGGCGGCGCCGAGGCCAAGCGCAAGGCGCUGGAGCUCAACGCGCUGGGCUACGGCGGCCCCCCGCUGCCCCCCUGGGGCGUGCAGGGCCAGGGCCCCCCCAUGGCCAUGGCGGAGGAGCGCAAGGGCUCCUACCUGGACCCCUUCAGCACGAGUUUGCAGCAGGCUGCAUUGAUGACUCAGGGCUCGGUGCUGAGCCAGGACAUGCCGACCCCCCCGGACGAGGUGUCGGCCAUGAAGAACCUCCUCAAAUACAGCAACCAAGCACUUAUCGUGGGCCAGAAGGCGCCUUUCGUGGGGCUGGGCGGCCUCAAGGGCAGCUGCGCCCACCAGGACGCCAAGUUCCCGCCGGCGGGCAAGGGGCAGGCGGAGCUGGAGCGCCCGGACUGCGCGCGCAGCCGGGAGCACGAGCUGGGCGCCGGCGAGGGCGAGGUGCGGCAGCCGCCCGUGGGCAUCGCCGUGGCCGUGGCGCGCCAGAAGGACACGCUCAGCCGGCCCGAGCCCUCCUACGGCAGCGGCUCCGCGCGGCCGGGCCGCGCCACCGUGGGCAUCAAAGCGGGCACGGCGCGGCCCAUGCACGUCAUCGAGCUGGACGCGGAGGAGGAGCGGAGCCGGCUCUGCGACGAGCGCCUGGGGCUGGCCGGCCGCGAGCUGCUGCUGCAGGAGAACAAGGAGCUGGUGGAGUUCGCCCGCAUGCACCCGUCGAGCGGCUGCCCGGGGGAGCUGCCCCCGCACCUCAUGAUGCCGGGGGGCUCCUCGCUGCAGCCGGGCCAGCUGGGCGCCGACGCGGCCCACGCGCACCCCGCGCACACGCACUGGCUGCCCCGCACCCGCAGCCCCUCCAUCUGGAUGGGGGGACACUCGUACGGCAUCGGCCACCCCGCGCUGCACCAGAACCUGCCGCCCGGCUUCGCCGCCUCCAUGCCCAGCACCAUGCAGUCCGUGUUCCCGCUCCCCCAGGACCCCCCCGCCCAGCUCGUCAUCCUGCCCACCGAGCCCCCCGCCCACGGCACCCCCCACCCGCUGGGUAAGGACGCCGACGUGAUGGACCAGGCGUCGCUGUGGCCGCCCAUGUACCCAGGCCGGGGCCCCGGCGCCCACCUGCAGCACGCGGGGCAGCUGCCCGUGUACCCCCGCUCGCAGUUCCUGCGGCAGCAGGAGCUCUACGCCCUGCAGCAGCAGCAGCAGCAGCAGCAGCAACGCGCUGCCCAGGCGCUGGAGCUGCAGCGCCAGGCGCAUGCCCAGCGGAAGCCGGAGGAGCCGCCCCUGGAGCUGGAGGAGGCCGGUGCCGAGAAGCCCCUCAAGCCCCCCCCCAAAGCAGUUGCCUUAAACCCCCCGGGCAAGGGCCUGGCCUCGGCGGCCCCCGCGCCCCCCAAGCUGUCGCCCUGCUGCCACUCGCCAGCGCUGCGGCACCCGGCCAAGUGCCCCGUGACGCUCCCCGCGGCCCCCUGCACUUUACCCGUGUGCCCCGCCGCCAGCCCCGCCGUGGCGCCGCGCUCGCCCGCCGCCAGCCCCGUCCCCGCGCAGAGCAAGGGCGCCGAGGCCGAGGACAAGCGCGGCGAGGGGCGGCCGCCCCGCGACUACCCCAAGUCCCUGGAGCCAGACCUGCCGCCCGGCUACAGCUACCCCGCGGGCGCCAUGGCCUUCCCGUCGCCGCUGGCGUCCGACGCGCACUCCGCCGAGCCCGCCGACCCCGACACUAUGCAAGCGGUCUCGCCGGCGGCCGAGCCCGAGCAGUCGCGCACGUUCGGCCCCGCGGAGCCCGCCGAGCUGGCCGAGCUGGAGCUGCGGCGGCGCCGCUGCGACCGGGCCCUGCAAGGCGAGGACGGGGCCGAGGAGCUGCUGGCCUUCAACCUGCAGAGCCUGGCGACGGUGGCGGCCGCCUGGUCGCUGGUGGAGGCGGCCGGGCGCGAGGGCAGCCCGCGGGCGCGGAGCCCCCUGCCCUCCGCACCCCCGCCGCAGGUCUGCCCGCUCAAAGCGGCCAUGGAGCAGCUCAACACGCAGGAGGUGGAGGUCCGCAUGCGCCUGGCCGAGCUGCAGCGGCGCUACAAGGAGAAGCAGCGCGAGCUGGUGAAGCUGCAGCGGCGCCACGACCACGAGAGGGACGAGAGCUCGCGGAGCCCGGCACGGCGCGGCCCGGGCCGGCCCAGGAAGCGCAAACACUCCAGCACCCUGAGCAAGGGCGACAGCCGCAAAGUCAAGGCCGUGAAGAGCAGCCUGUCGCUGCUGUGCGCCGAGCUGCGCGCCGAGCCCGAGCCCAAGCGCAGGAGGCCGCGGCGAGGACGGGCGCCGCGGGGCUGCGCCGCCGCUCACACGCCCCCGCGGCUCAAGCAGAAGGCCAAGAGCAAAGGGCUCCCCGGCGGCAUCGGCCCCUUCCGACGGAAAGAGCCCGGCGCCGGCAGCCGCAUCCAGAAGAAGCUGUCACGUGCCAAGGGUGCCAAGGGCGCCGGGAAGUUCCCGCCGCCGGAGCCCAGCCCCCGGGAGCCACCGGCCUUCAAAGACGAGCACGACGGGGACACGGACAGCGAGGAUGGUGACGACGAGGAGGACGAGCCGGGCCUGGCGCUGCUGCCCGCCGUGCCCCUGGCCGUGCUCGGGCCCUCGCCCUCCUCUGUGGUGAAGAUGGAGGCCAACGAGAAGGCCAAGAAGAAGAAGGAAAGGCAGGGACUGCUAGGGCCCUGCCGCCUCGGCAGCCCCGAGGGCGAGGUGAAGAUCAAGCGGCGGCCGGUGAAGCCGGGGGCCGGCAAGCUGGAGAAGGUGCCGGCCCGGAGCAAGGCGGGCGCCGGCGAGGACGGCGCCAAGAAGAAGCUGAAGGCGAAGCCCAAGGAGAGCCUGCGGGCGCCGGGCACCGGCGGCGCCAGCGCCGCGGCCGCCAGCAGCAGCCUCUUCGGCGGCGCCGAGCCGCGGCACUUCGGCGCGCGGGACGACGGCGCCCGCCUGGCCAGCGAGCGCCUCAAGAAGGCCACGCGCAAGAGCAAGGCGCUGCAGUCGGCGCUGCGGCGCAAGAACGGGGCGCUGGCGCUGGCGCUCUCGCCCCGGAGCGCCAAGACCAUCCUCGGCAAGGGCAAGAAGCUGGCCAAGGUGAAGAGCAAGGUGGCAGGCAAGCAGUGCAAGGGGCGCGCGGUCAGCAAGCUGCUCGAGAGCUUCACGGUGGAGGACGACUUCGACUUCGACGACAACAGCAGCUUCUCGGAGGAGGAGGAGGAGGGGGGCGGCCUCGGGCGCCGCUCGCCGCUGCCGCACGCCUGCGCCAUCCAGAAGGAGGAUCUGCGCGACGGGCUGCACAUCCUCAUCCCCAAGGAGGACAGUCUGCUCUACGCCGGCAGCGUCCGCACCAUCCAGCCGCCGGACAUCUACAGCAUCGUCAUCGAGGGUGAGAGGGGCAACCGACAGCGCAUCUACUCGCAGGAGCAGCUGCUGCAGGAGGCGGUGCUGGACGUGCGGCCGCAGUCGCGGCGCAGCCUGCCGCCCGGCACCCGCGUCUGCGCCUACUGGAGCCAGAAGUCGCGGUGCCUCUACCCGGGCAACGUGGUGCGAGCGCUGCUCAGCUGGUCGGCGGUGGCGCAGACGAAGCGCAGGGCGGCGAGCAAGGGCACGGCCGUGCUGCAGAACCUCUUCCAGGUCAACGGCAGCGCCAAGAAGCUGCGCGCCAAGGAGGCGCUUUUCCCCGUGCACCACCACGUGGCCGCCCCCGUCUUCGGCAACGGCUUCGGGGCCGACUCCUUCAGCCGCAUCGCCAGCUCCUACACGUCCUUCGGGGCCGGCGCUGGGCUCGUGCUGCCCGCUGCCCAGAAACUGCUGCGCUCCAAGAAGGCCGAGCGGCUGGAGGCAGAAAUGGGCAAAGGCGGCCGGAGAAAAGCAGGCACUGAGUACCUGGUCAAGCUGGACCACGAAGGGGUGACGUCCCCCAAGAACAAGAACUGCAAGGCGCUGCUGCUGGGGGAGAAGGACUUUGGGGCCAAGCUGGAGCGGCCCCUGGCCAGCCACGGCUAUGUGCAUUCCGCCCUGGCCGGCAAGGAGAGGAAGGGCCGGGCGCCCGUGCACCAGCUGCCCAUGGGGCUGGCGCUGCGCAAGUACUCGGGCCAGGCCGAGUUCGCCCUCAACUGCGACAGCGACUGCCACAGCUCCUACUCGGACAUGGACGAGGACGAGGAGGCGGGCGGGCUGGGCGCCGACGUGCCCUCGCGCUUCAUGACUCGCCUCUCGGUCUCCUCCUCUUCCUCGGGCUCCUCCACCUCCUCCAGCUCCGGCUCCAUCUCCACCUCCAGCCUCUGCUCCUCGGACAACGAGGACUCGUCCUACAGCUCCGAGGACGAGGACUCCACGCUGCUGCUCCAGACCUGCCUCUCGCACCCGGUGCCGGCGCUGCUGGCGCAGCCGGACGCCCUGCGCUCCAAGAGCAGCGCCCCGCAGCGCUGCUUCCUCCCCAAGGCCGCCGCCGCCGGCCCCAAGGCCAAGCUCAAGCGCAAGGAGGCCCUCAGCUUCUCCAAAGCCAAAGAGUUCUCCCGGCGGCAGCGCCUGCCCUCGGUGGAAAACCGGCCAAAGAUCUCCGCCUUCCUGCCCGCGCGCCAGCUCUGGAGGUGGUCGGGGAACCCCACGCAGCGGCGGGGCAUGAAGGGCAAGGCGCGGAAGCUGUUCUACAAGGCCAUCGUGCGGGGCAAGGAGACGCUGCGCGUGGGCGACUGCGCCGUCUUCCUCUCGGCCGGCCGCCCCAACCUGCCCUACAUCGGCCGCAUCGAGAGCAUGUGGGAGUCGUGGGGCAGCAACAUGGUGGUGAAGGUCAAGUGGUUCUACCACCCCGAGGAGACCAAGCUGGGCAAGCGGCAGAGCGACGGCAAGAACGCGCUGUACCAGUCGUGCCACGAGGACGAGAACGACGUGCAGACCAUCUCCCACAAGUGCCAGGUGGUGGGACGGGAGCACUACGAGCAGAUGACCCGCAGCAAGAAGUACCAGGACCGGCAGGACCUCUACUACCUGGCGGGCACCUACGACCCCACCACGGGCCGCCUGGUCACCGCCGAGGGCGUCCCCGUGCUGUGCUGACCGCGGCGCCCGCGGCCCCGCGCCGGGGACCCCGCCGCCCCCCCCGGCCCUUAUGCAACGCGGGGGCCCCGGCGCGGCUCCGACAAGCCAUAAUUUCCCUAGUACCUCGGACUGUUUGCCGGCAGGUAACGCAGAAAUCAGGUGUGUUGUUCUAUUUAUUUUGCGUGUAAAUAUUGUAUUUCC